UGUUCUUCCUUUAUUUUUUUUUCUGGGGAAAAGGAAGAAAAUGGAGAGGACAAAGCAAUCGUUGGAUAGAUGCUCAAGAACACUCAGACUUCACUUGCAGAAGGUAGUGCUUCAUGUGUUAAUUUUUGUGAAGCUUUCGUUGGAUAGAUGCUUGCGACCUUUUUUAGCCAGGUUAUGGCUGCUAUUGGAGGAAAUACUGCAGGUCCAGGGGAUGCUGUUGUCAAUGUUUACAUAAACCAUGAAAAGAAGUUUGCUUUUGUGGAAAUGAGAUCUGUUGAGGAGGCAAGCAAUGCAAUGGCCUUAGAUGGCAUUAUCUUUGAGGGAGCGCCUGUGAAGGUGAGGAGGUCCAGUGAUUACAACCCCUCCCUUGCAGCAACUCUUGGUCCUAGCCAACCUAAUCCUAACCUAAAUCUUGGUGCGGUUGGUUUAACCCCGGGUUCUGCUGGUGGGCUUGAAGGUCCUGACCGCAUUUUUGUGGGUGGAUUACCAUAUUACUUUACAGAAGUGCAAGUGAGGGAGCUGCUGGAAUCUUUUGGUCCUCUUAGGGGUUUUGAUCUAGUGAAAGACAGGGAGACUGGAAAUUCCAAAGGCUAUGCUUUUUGCAUUUAUCAAGAUCUCUCAGUCACGGAUAUAGCUUGUGCAGCUCUCGAUGGCAUUAAAAUGGGCGACAAGACUCUCACUGUUAGGCGUGCUAACCAAGGUGCAAACCAACCAAAACCUGAACAGGAGAGUGUUUUGUUGCAUGCACAGCAGCAGAUAGCUCUGCAGAAGCUUAUGUAUCAACUUGGUGCACUUGCUACUAAAGUGGUAUGUCUAACACAAGUAGUUACUGAGGAUGAGCUUAAAGAUGAUGGGGAGUAUGAAGAUAUAUUGGAGGAUAUGAGACAAGAAGGCGGAAAAUUUGGUAAUUUGGUGAAUGUGGCCAUACCUCGUCCCAGACCAGAUGGAGAACCUUCCGCAGGUGUUGGAAAGAAAAUGCUCUGCAUGGAUCCUAGAAGAAGCAAGAUGCUCUGCAAGAACUUCACGAUCUUAUUACCUCGAAGAGAUCCCGAGCAUGGCAAAAUACCCUUGAGAGGAUUAUGUUCAAGUACAUUGAGCUAUGUGUUGAUAUGCGGAGGGGGAGAUUUGCCAAGGAUGUUUAAGUACAUUGAGCUAAUGUUCAAGUACAUGAAAAAUGUAGAUGAAUGUAUUCAUUUUCAUAUUAUUAUAAUAGUUUGAUGACAUUGAGCUAUAUGUUCAAGUACAUGGAAAAUGUAGCUGAAUAUAUUUCAUUUUCAUAUUA